GCUCCGUCUUGCUGCCAUGUUGGAUGUACGCAUCGCCGCUGCAGCUGCAGGACUUUCCGUGUGACAGUUGAGCAUUUAUCCUCCUGCAGACUCUGACCGGGCCAUUGCUUUUUUUAUAUUGACACCGUGAGGAGGAGCUGGGGUUCUUUCUCGAGCAGGACAGAGCCGAGGGAAACGCUCCGCAUCCUCCUCCGCCCUGCAGCCCGGAGUCGGACCCAGCGGAGAUGAUCCGGUUGCAGGCCACAGCAACCGGAGCCCGCAUGGAUCUUCUGUAAUCAGUAGUUUGCUGAACCCGUCCGGGGAGAACCGCAUCGUUUCGGGGUUAGCUACACGAAUUCCCGAGCCAUGAACAGCCACCCGCCGCCUCGCAGGGUCGCAAACAUCGGCUCCAUCCUCCUGACCCCGCAGGAGAACGAGUGCCUGUUCGGCUACCUGGGCAGGAAAUGCGCCACUCUGUGUUCGGCGGUGGUCCAGGUGUACGUGGCAGAGCGCAAUGCCAGCUGGGGGAAGAGAUGCUGCGGAGUGGCCUGUCUCAUCAAAGACAACCCACAGAGAUCCUACUUCAUCAGAGUGUUUGACAUCAAAGAAGGGAAAACCAUGUUCGAACAAGAAUUGUACCACAGCUUCUCCAUCAGCAGCUCCAGAUCCUACUUCAUCUCGUUUGCAGGAGACACCUGUCAGAUUGGUCUGAAUUUCGCAAGCGAAGAAGAAGCCAAAAGAUUCAGACUCGCCAUCAAUGACCUGCUCAACCGACGGCAACGCAAAACUGAGAAAAGAGGUGACCCUAAAAAUGGUCUAGCUCUGCCCAUGGCCACGGUGGACAUCAAGAACCCGGAGAUCAACAAUGUGAGAUUCCUCAACUCCCACAGCCACCAGCAGCCGUACCACCUCAACAACAUACUGAGCCACAGCGGCCUUACCCGCAAGGACAAGAAGACCAAAAGCAAGAAGAAGAAACUGACCAAGGCCGACAUCGGCACACCCAGCAACUUCCAGCACAUCGGUCACGUGGGCUGGGAUCCAAACACAGGUUUUGAUCUGAACAACCUGGACCCUGAACUGAAAAACCUGUUUGACAUGUGCGGCAUCUCCGAGGCUCAGCUAAAGGAUCGUGAGACGUCCAAGGUCAUCUACGACUUCAUUGAGAAGAAGGGAGGGGUGGAGGCCGUCAAGAACGAGCUGAGGAGACAAGCACACCCUCCACCCCCCUCUCGUGGCGGACCCCCUCCUCCUCCUCCACCACCCCAUAACUCGGCUCCCCCUCCUCCACCAUCCAGAGGGGGUCGGGGAGCCCCUCCCCCUCCUCCGUCCAGAGCACCUGCCUCAGCUCCUCCUCCUCCUCCUCCCUCCAGACCUGGAACUCUGGGUGCCCCGCCUCCCCCACCGCCUCCCACCAGAGGAGGUCACCAGCCCCCUCCUCCUCCACACCACCAUCACCACCACCACCACCACCAGCCUCCACCACCUCCUCCUCCAUCCUUGCACUCUUCCAUCGCCCCCCAAGCCCCACCCCCUCCGCCUCCCCCACUUGCCCAGCCGUCUCCGGUCGGCAGCGGUGUUGGCUCUGUCGCUGCUCCGCCUCCGCCACCUCCUCCUCCUCCGCCGCCCGGCCCUCCUCCUCCUCCAGAGCUGGAUGGUGUCGGUGGAGGUGGAGACUCGCCCCAUUCGCCGAGCCCAGGCGGGAAGUCAGCGCUGCUGGACCAGAUCAGAGGAGGAACCCAGCUGAAGAAGGUGGACCCGAACCCCAAAGUGCCGGCCACUAAUACCGGAAGAGACGCCCUGCUGGACCAGAUCCGACAGGGAUUCCAGCUCAAGACAGUGCCGGAUCAUCCCGAGUCCAGCCCUCCAUCGUCGGCUCCCACUGCAGGCAUCGUCGGCGCGCUCAUGGAGGUGAUGCAGAAGAGGAGCAAAGCCAUCCAUUCCUCAGACGAAGACGAGGAUGACGACGAAGAUGAGGACUUUGAGGACGACGAGGAGUGGGAUGACUAGUGAUGAAUAUCCAGUCCUCCAAACCCCCAAACCUAUCGCUGACACUAAAAUAUCUUGUAGGAAUCUUCCAGAAUCUGACUAAAAUUGUAAUGUAAAUGUUGUAUGAAUUUGCUGUAUAUUUAUUUUUGCCUAUUUGCUUUUUUUAUGAUCAUAAUAAUUAAUCUGUGCAAUACCUCAUCAGUUAAAUCUGUAAGGUUCAUCACGCGCCCUUGUCGUUAUAGACCUUCCUCUCCCCCAGAACAUCUUUCAUCAGAAAGCACUUAAAUCUUCAUCAGCACAAUGUGGGGAUGCAGCCUGCUACAUUUCAUUAUCAAUAAUCAACAAUAUAAAACACUAGCUGCUCCACUGAGGGGAUCUGAGUCCUCAAAAGAUCCUUGGGAAAUAUUUUUACGUGUUCAUUUCUUCAUGUUUUCCUUCCUUGUUUGAGAAACUUAAAAGGGAGACGUAUGUGCGACCAAACAGGCAGGAUCCUCUUUGUGUUGGAUAGCGGUCAGCUUAAAUGCGAGAUAACACUAUUUUCUUACUGUUCUUCUUUUCAUAUCUUCAAGUUUACUAUUAAAUUGUAGUUGUAGUGUAGCUGUAUUAUUUUUUCAUGAAGACAUUCGUUGACCAAAACAUGGCAACUUGGUUGCCUGAAAUAGAUUUUUUUCAACUUUUAAUUUUUUUAACGUUAUUAAAGUCGUUUAUUUGCACACAGUUUUGAUGAUAGUAGAGUUUUGCGUUUUUUCGGGUGUGCGUUUGUCAAAAGAUAAUUUUAUGUUAUUUCAUGCAGAAUAUAGUGACGGUGGACACUUUUGAAAAGCUUAAGGUUUUGCGGUAACGCAACCUUGAAAUAAAAACAUGACUGAUGUUCAAGUCAGCACAUUUCUUUGAAUUAAUGUCUAAACACAUCAAUUCUAACACACCUGUGGCAUUUUGUGAAAUGGUCUAUGUUUUCAUUCAUCAUUCCGUUAUUCUCUGAUGGAGGAAACAAACAAUGCUUCGGUCAGUAUUCAAGACAAAUAAUGAAAAAAAAACUAAAUGAUCUAGUCACCAUCCUGCUCCGUCCUUCAGUCAACAAACUUAUCAUUAUAUGCAAUGCGAUUGUAAAUGCCUCCGCAUGGAGAAAAAAAUAUUUUUAAAAAAGCAAAUAAUAUUGAACCAAAUGUGGCAUUUGCAAGCAGCUUGUAGGUUUGGCAAUGCCUGUGAUCCUCCAUCUGUAAACAGUGCAAAGAAAUAAUCAAUGCUUGUUUGACCUGUU